CGUAUCUCAACUGACAGUUCAUAGUGAAGAUCACUUGACAUAAUGCUCAACGAUUAACUGUCAAACAGCUAGUUUCGUAUUGGCUAACGACAGUGACCAACUGGGAUGACGUCAUAAGCACCGAGGCUCGUUGAUAGUCACCGUAACAUAUUUUGACAACUGUUUCUGUAUCGAUAAAGUUUAAGUUGCGAUUCUGUAAGCGUAGUUGACAUCAAAUUGAUAGUCACUGACACUAUCUAAAGAUUUUUGAAAGACACUGCUCAAGAGCAGUGUUUUUACAGAUUGAAGUAAAUUUGUUAUAAUUAUGGCGCGCGCUUUCCUAUUGGGAUAUGCGGAGGAAGAACGUAGACGUAAUAUUCUAAGAAUUGAAAGACGCCGUCUGCGGGACGCUAGUGAUCCAUUGCAGUUGCCAGAGAGAGAGUUCAUUGGACAUUUUCGUUUAACAAAACUUGGAUUCCAACAGGUUUUGGUGGAACUUAGUCCUCAUCUACCAAUAGUUAAACGAAAUACAGGUGUUCGCAAUGAACUCAAAAUUUUAGCAGCAUUAAAUUUUUAUGGCAAUGGAUCAUACCAACGGAAUGUGGGUGCAUCAUUUCUACUGAAUAUGUCGCAACCUACAUUCAGUAAAUGUUUACAUGAGGUAACUGGUGCACUCAAUACUAACGAAAUCCUUAGGAAGUACAUAAAGUUUCCUAUGGCACAGCAUGAAAGGGAAAUAAUUAUGAAGGAUUUUAUGGAGAAAUUUGGAUUUCCGGGUGUUAUAGGUUGUAUUGAUGGUACACAUGUGGCUUUAAUCCGUCCUAAGGAGCAUGAGGAAACUUAUUUUAAUAGAAAGAAUUACCAUUCUUUAAAUGUUUUACUAAUAUGUGAUGCUAAACUGACCAUCCUCCAUGUUGAUGCAUCAUUUGGUGGUGCAUCUCAUGAUUCAUAUGUGUGGAAUCAAUGUGCAAUAAAAACAUUUUUAGAAGGACUAGAAAGAAAUGGAGAGCACUGUUGGCUGUUAGGUGAUUCUGGAUAUGCUCAACGCCCCUGGAUGAUGACUCCAAUCAUAGGUGCAGCUCCGGGAUCGCCAGAAGAGUAUUACACAGAACUUCAUUGCCGGGUCAGAAAUACUGUAGAGCGAUGUAUUGGAGUACUUAAAUCACGUUGGCGGUGUUUGCUAGCACACAGGGUACUUCAUUACGAUCCAGUUACCACUGGCAAGAUAGUGAAUGCAUGUGUCGUCCUGCACAAUAUAGCCAAUGCACAAAAUAUUCCAAUACUUGACUCACAGGAUGGUGAUCUUGACAAUGACCAACAGCACCAAGUUUGCAUACAGGCAAGGAUUGAUGCUCCUCCAGAUGAAAGUAGGGUCAUAUUAAUUAAUAGGAUUUGGAACGCUAGAAAUAUUUUGUGAUUAUAAUUAUUUUUAUUAGUUAAAAUUAGAUUAGUUUUUAUUAUGUUAAAAAAAUAUUGUUUUAGUUAUGAAUCUAUAGAAAUAAAUAAAAUUAGUCUGUUUGUAA